UUAAAUACCGCUUGAGUUGUGUGUGUGAUCAAGUCGCUUAAUUGAUCAAACGAUCCGUGUUAUCUCAGUGUUAGCCGCCCCCACCGCACCCAUCCCAAACCAACGCCAAAAUGGACUUAAAAGCAUUAAAUGAAAAAAUUGCAGCGAAUAAAGAGAAUCAAAAACCAAUAGUUAAGUUGGGGCAGUUAUGCGUUGGUCGACCAUACAAGAUAGACAAGGCCAGAAUAGUAAAGACCCAGUUUGGGGAGGCGGUUCUAUUGGAGUUAGAAUUAUCGGUGGUGUUCCUGCCGAACCGGGUGACGGACAGCUUCCGGCCGAUUAUAGACCAAUUUUCGACGGGCCGCUACAGUCUGGUUUAUCGGGGCGUUAAAGAAGUCGGCAGUUGGCCCGCUCAACAAUUUGAAAUUGUUCAAAAUUAAAAAUUACGGGGGGAGAGAGAGAGAGACGGUAAGUCUUAUUUUUUCAAAUAUUAUUAUUAUUAAUUGGUCGCAAUGAAUUUUACGCGAACUAUUGAGGACGCUCAAAAUUUAAUUUUGGCUUUUCGUCAAGUGAACAAAUACGUGUUCGAUAAUUUAACGGAAGAAGAUAAAAAUGUUUGGUUGGGACGUUUACGCAGAAACAUCAUUCGGUGCAACAAGAUUGUUCGUAGUCCAAAAAAAAAUAUAUCCAUGGGGUUACAAAGAAAAAUACAGACAACAAUUCAACAUCUUAAGACUAUUAAACAAAUGAUUUUGAAUCAUCGCCACCAUUUUGGAAUGGGGUUGCAAAACAACAGUCCUGCAAAUAUAAAACAAAGGGUUUUGUGGGAGCAGAUAGUAUCUUGUUUCCAGGGAAGAGUUUUAACGGGUGUAAUAAUCAAUUUGAAACACAAAGACGAACAACAGUUUUUAAACGACUGUCUUGUCAUAUUUAAGAAAAAAAUUUCAAAAAUUUUAAAACAAGCGUCGCCAAUGCUAAAAGUAAAUGCCACGUUUUGCGGGGAAUUUAUAAAGAGAAAAAGCGACGACCAAGACGUGACCGACGUGAAAUAUAUUUCUACCAAAAAUGCUGUCAUCGACUUGGGGACGGAUUUAAACGAAUGGUUCGUUGAAAAUGUUAAAAUUCAAAUUCUAAAUAAAUUGUCUGAAUUUCAAGAACGCGAUUCGGGAUUUGCCUUGCAAAAAAUUCUUUAUUUGGAAAUUAAUAUUAACAAAUUUGAAGUGGGUAACGGCUCUUCCUACAUUGAAUUGCCCCCAGAAAUUAAGAGAAAAAAUGCAUGCAUUAAUAUUCAAAAUAAUGACGAAGCCUGUUUUUAUUGGUCAGUGGUCUGUGCUUGUUUUCCUGUACAUCUCAAACAACACUUACCAACUUCAUAUCCUUAUUAUAAGGGCGUUUUAAGAACUGAAAAUUGCCCAACACCGAUGGGUCUAAAUCAAAUUCAUAUAUUUGAAAAAUUCAACGAAAUUUCCGUAAAUGUGUACGUUUUAGAGUUAAUUCAAAAUAACAGUAAAAGUUUUUAUUCAGUGUUACCGGUCCGUUUGACUAAAGAAAAACGCGAAAAACAUGUCAAUUUACUAUUAAUUCAAAAUAAGUAUUAUCCAAAAAUUAAUGAUUUUGAUCCGGAACCGACGACGGCAGAGGACCAUAAAUAUGAAAAAGAAGAAGAAAUUAAAUAUCAUUAUUGUUAUAUUAAAAUUUUAUCUCGACUAGUGUCGCGCCAGCUUAGUAGACAUAACGGUAAAAAAUAUAUUUGCGAUAGGUGUUUGAAUUACUUCAGUAGCGAAACGCUCUUAAAGGAUCAUGAAAGGUUGUGUGUCAGUUUGAACGAUUAUAAAGUGUCUUUUCCCAAAUACGACUAUGUUGAAUUUCGAAACCAUAUAUACAAACAAACCACGCCAUUUGUAAUCUACGCCGAUUUCGAAAGUCAACUUAAAGAUGUAAAUUUGGUAAUUUCAGACAAAACGCGAAAAUAUCAAAAGCAUGAGGCAUAUAGUGCCGCAUAUUAUUUUAAAUGUUCUUAUGACGAUUCUUUAUAGAUUCGUUUAGAUUUUUGGGGGCGUCUCUAGACAAUUUGGUAAACAGCAUCGACAAAAAUGAACUUUACAUAUUAAAAAAGGAAUUUUCUCACCUUCAAGACGAAUCAAAACUAAAUUUAUUGUCGCAAAAGGGUGUAUUUUGUUAUGAUUACAUAGACGACUACGACAAAUUAAACGAAACGAGUUUACCGCCCAUCGAUGCUUUUUACAAUAAAUUAUAUGAGUCCGACAUUAGUGAAGAAAAGUAUGCUCAUGCGCAAAAAGUCUGGUCCGCGUUUGAAAUUAAAAACUUGGGCGAAUAUUCGGAUUUAUAUUUGAAAACGGACGUUAUUCUUUUGGCCGACGUAUUUGAAAAUUUUCGAAAAAAUUGUAUGGUGACGCAUAUUUUGGACCCGGCAUGGUAUUUUAGUAUGCCCGGAUAUACGUGGGACUGUAUGCUUAGAUUCACAAAAUGUCGUUUAGAACUGAUGCGUGACAUUGAUCAGAUUAUGUUUAUCGAACAGGGUAUACGGGGUGGGAUUUCGGUGUGCGUUGGCAGGUACGUUGAGGCAAACAACAAGUACAUCUCCAAUUACGAUCCAUCAAAGCAAUCGAAUUAUCUCACAUUUUUUGACGUUAACAAUCUUUACGGCAAGGCUAUGUCGGAGCCUCUUCCCUACGGCGGAUUCACAUGGUUGACUCGGGAAGAAAUUGCCUCCCUUAGCAUUAAUAAUGUUCCAGACACGGGCGGGGUAGGCUAUAUUUUGGAGGUAGAUUUGCAAUACCCUCAGAGUUUACACGAUCUACAUAAAAAAUUUCCCAUUUUGUGCCGAGCAUCGCGUGCCUCCCAAUUCAAAAUUACCAAAAUUGAUGACAACCCUUCUUAAUAAAACCAAUUACGUUAUACACUAUCGAAAUUUAAAGCAAGCUUUAAAACACGGACUCGUUCUUACUAAAAUACACAGAGUAUUAAAAUUUAGGCAAUCUUCUUGGCUAAAAGAAUAUAUCGAUCUAAAUAAUCACUUACGGACGCAAGUGGUAAAAAUCUUUUUAAAUUAUUUAACAACGCGGUGUUCGGAAAAACUAUGGAAAACAUACGUAAGCAUCGGGUCGUAAAAUUUGUUAGAAAGUGGGAGGAUCGUUACGGUGCUAAAAAUUUAAUUGCUAGUCCCCGAUUUCACAAUAGAACUGUACUAGAUGAUAAUCUAAUGUUGGUGGAACUGAAAAAAUCGGAACUUAUUUUUAACAAACCCCUUUACAUUGGAAUGUCAAUUCUGGAUCUAUCUAAAAUUAUCAUGUAUUCGUUUCAUUACGAUUACAUGCUACCCAAGUUAGGUCCGGAGAAAUGUAAAAUUCAGUAUAUGGACACGGACAGUUUCAUUUACAACAUCCAUUGUGAUGAUGUAUACGAAGAGGUUAUUAAGUCCAAUUUAAGCAAAUUCGACACGUCCGACUAUCCCAUUGAUAAUCCAUACAAUAUGCCUCGCGUCAAUAAGAAAGUACUGGGUCUAAUGAAGGACGAGGCCAACGGUUCAAUAAUUUCACACUAUGCCGGGCUAAGAUCGAAAAUGUACACUUAUAAAAUCUUAAACGGAAAAACUGUAAAAAAAUCAAAGGGUGUAAACUACCAGAUUGUUAAAAAUAAAAUGACUUGAAGAUUUUGUUGAUUGCUUGAAAAAUUUAAAAGAAAAACAUGCUACUCAACGAACCAUUCGUUCUUAUACGCACGAGGUGUUUAGUAUCGAACAAAUUAAAGUGGCGCUAAGUCCGUAUGACGACAAAAGAUAUCUUAUAGCAAACACGUUUGAUACUCUUCCGUGGGGACAUUACAAGGCACUGUAAUUUUUUUUUCUCUGUUGUAGACAAUGGCCGAAUUGUUGUCGUUGAAAGAUCUAUGUAUAAAGUCAAUUAGUGAAAACGUUCAUUCUGUUGCACAUUUUCUGCUUGAAACGACCUUACCGAGGACGCUAACGCUACAGAUAAUGGAAAAAUAUCCCGAAUAUAGGUGGAAAUAUAUUAAUGCACUCGCUGUCAAAUGUGAACGACCACCUCCACCAGAUUUGAGUUUGAUAACCCGUCAAAAGAAAGUAUCGUUGGCACAUCGAAAUGCCAUUUUAGUAUGGCCAAGGUAUACAGACCAUCCUUUUGAGCAUUAUAGCUAUUAUUUAUGGGAAAAACACUAUAUAGUGAUGACCCGAACAUUUCUGUUGAUGGUUUGUGAAUCUUGCAAAGACGCUUUUAUAACUUUUGAAAAAAAAUCAAAAAUCAAAUUUGACAAAUUUGAUUUUUGCGAUUAUCGGCACAUACCUACAGUCGAAGCCUGUGCAUUAAUAUAUAUGGUAUACCAGAGUCAGAGGAGUUGGUGUGAAAGUUGCUAUUCCGAAAUACACUUUGAAUUAGAACCCGAAGAAGAAAUCGAUGAUCACACCAGAAUAUAUAAUAAUUUAAUGGCGAUAAUUGAUUUGUUUUAACAUAUUCAUUGCGACCUAAUAAUAAUAUUUGUAAAAAAUUAGGCUUAUGAUAGUCUUUUUAGAAUCCCCCUCAGAAAAAACGAC